AUGGAUGACAGAGCCGCCCCGUCGAGCCUGCGCCCUUCCACCCCCUUCGAUGACUCGCCCCCCGCGAUUGCCUUCCAUCCCCUGGCUCCGCGGCCAUUGACGACCACCACCGCGCCCACCACCUCGCCCACCACCCCGCAACCCUUCCCCCCCAGCAUCAAUCGCCUGGUCAAGAUGCGAGCAAACGCCCCGUUCGACGCCCGAGCCUCCAUGCUCUCUCCCCCCGAGCAGACCCCGCUCGACACCUUCGCGCGGGCGACCACGAACCCCGCCGUGGAGUACCCCAUGAAGCGCCCCGCGGCCCCAACCCCCACGGGCCGACUCGUGGGGCCCAUCUCGCCGCCCACCUCGCCCGAGACGAAGGGGAUCAGCCCGGACGACCCGCGGAAGCUCUCCCCCGCCCGAGACCCCAUCCUCUACCCCGAGAACGGCGAGAGCCUCCCCUCCCAGCCUCCCCUCUUCGCCCCCUCGCGGCUGGUCGGCGAGCAUAUCAAGGCCCGAGAAUCGAGCACCUUCCGAGAGAUCUCGCCCCCUCGCGACAGCGAUUACGAGCUGGCGCUCACCUUCAAGUCGCAGGUCAUGCAAGCCUUCGACUCCAACCGGCGCCUGUGGCGGGAUCGGGAGAUGGCGCAGCUGGCGGCCGACAACCUGUUGCGGAACGGCGGACGCCGCUACACGGCCAUUGCUCCAGCACACACCGGCAGCGUCCGACACGUCCGCCCAACCCCCAAGAUCUCCACCAAGCCCGGCCCGGCCCACCGCGUAGCCAAGCCGCCGCGGGCGCCCAAGCCCGCUCCCGGCGGCCGGGGGGCGACGCCGACGGGCGACGUGGCCAAGCGGGUCGCGCGCGAGGACAAGGACUUCAACUCGCUCGAGGACUUUAGCCCGGACGUCGCGACCCUCCCCAACAAGCCCCAUUCGCUCAAGGUGGAUUGGAAGGGGGCGCCGAUCGACCUCCGAGCCGACCCGCACGCCCACCUCCUGCACCCCGACGAGCUCCACCUCGCGGCCAACCUCCGUCUCGACUGCGCGACCUACCUCACGUCCAAGCGGCGAAUCUUCAUCAAGAGGAUCGAGGCGUACCGCAUCCACAAGGAGUUCCGGAAGACCGACGCCCAGCAGGCCUGCAAGAUUGACGUGAACAAGGCGAGCAAGCUCUGGCAGGCCUUUGACAAGGUGGGCUGGCUGGACCCCAAGUACAUUGAGAAGUACGCCUAA